AUGAAGAGUAACGAAGAUGAAGAAGAACCUAAAAUUGAGGACGAUAAAAAAUUAAUUACACAAAGCCCUGCCUUGCAAUAUCAGUUAUAUUCACAGAAUGAGGAUCUUGUUGAAAAGCUGAAACUGCUCAACUAUGAGAAAGGAUAUGCCUCAGUUCCAGGUCAAAGGCCAAUUUCUCGACACUAUUUCGUUACAAGUUCCACUGUUGGUGAGCAAUUCUAUUUGUUUACAACGCUUAGUGCUUGGCUGAUACAAAAAGCAAUUAAUCCGAAGUUCGUCAAACCCCAAGAAUUCGAUGAUCCAAACGUAAUCGUUUCAAACAUAUUGGAUGAACUUCGCCGAAAAGAGAUCGUCGUUGAUUUUGCACCAAGUAAAUUGAAAUCAGGCUAUGGUGAGCAAUGUCUAUACGUUCUUAAUAACUUAGCUGAUCUUGCUCUAAUCGCUGAUGGAUUUUCGUGGCAGAGAGCGGAGCCAGUUGUCGAGAAUGAUGAUGAACUGGAUAUUGGACUCGAUGAGGCCGAACUUACCGAACUGCAAGUUGUCGAGGGAAUAAUAAAGAGCGACGUGGAUAUCGAUGCUUGGAAACUCGAAGUCGAGCAUGUUGCACCACUAUUAAAAGUCAACAUUCAGCCAACCGAUUGGAGAAGCCAUAUUGAGCAAAUGCAGCACUAUCGACAAGCAAUUGAUAAUUUUCUAAAUUCCGCAAAACCACAUUUAAUAAAUAUAUCCGAAGAUUCAGCGAAAAGUUUACAAAGAAUAACUACGAGAGAGAAACAUCUGAAUAAUCAGUUAGAUAAUUCCAUCGAAAAAUUUCAUAUAAACCAAGAUAAAAUGGCCGAAUUAAAAGAGAAAUACAGGGAAGCAAGCGUCGGUAUUGUUCAACGCACACAAGCACUACAACGAAUUUGCGAUGACAUCGACCAAAUUAAGGAACAAAUUGAUGAAGAAAGUCACCGCAGUAGUGAUGGAGCUCCAAUCCUUAAAAUCAAGCAAGCUUUAAUAAAACUCGAAACAGAUAUAGCGACAAUGAAUGUUCAAAUUGGUGUCAUUGAACAUUUUCUGCUACAAUUCCAAUUGAAAAAUCGUGUCGCAUUUUCGAUCCAUUUAUUGCUAAAUUUAUUUGUACCUAUAUUUACUUCAUCCUUGUAG